GCAAGGCUGAUGUUGUCGCGACGUUAAGGCAGAUGUUGUCGCGACGUAAACGUAUUAUAUAUUUAGAGUUCCACCAAUGAUAGACACAGUUGUAAAUUACAUAUUUUUUAAAUGUUUCGGCGUAGUGGCCUACGUCUCUGCGAUAACUCAGUUUUUCGCUGGAGUGGUACUCAUCACUGUCACUUCGGUUUUAAGAGCGGGUGAAACCGAUAAAUUCUCUUGUACGGUUGGCAUCAGCAGUACGACAGCAUACAAGACCCACGUCGAGAAAACGUGUUAUUCAAGAUACGACCAAAGGUACAAUCCUUUAUUUCCACUGUACGGUUUUGUUAUUCUCAGUUUUGGUUUUCCAUUUGUUGUCUGUGCUAUUUAUUCGCUGUGUGUAAUCACUCGUGUCGAUGAAAUCGAGAAAACCUUGGGCAGAAGUAAUCAUCGCUCGAACGAAGCCGAAAGGGAAGAAACGAGCAAUGGAUUUUGUGUUUUUUAUUCCUAUUUCAUUCACCUCGUUGCUCGUUCGCUCUUUGGAUGCCUUUUGGCAGUUCUACAACAGACAGUAUUUUAUCCUAGUGGAUAUGACUUCGAAUUUGUUUGCAAUCUUCCAACAUCUGAUGUGUUAAGAGCUCAAAGACAGAGUGCAACAAAUACGAGCUUUGGUAAGUCUAACUCCACCUCAGUAGCAUGCGAGAAUUCAACUGCUCAUGAAAUGAGUAUAUGUUGCUGGGCUGUCCUUGUAUUAAACAUCGUCUUUGCUUUCAUUACAUUUGCGGAAGUUAUUUAUCUAAUAUGGCACUGGGUACCAGUCCUCAAAUGUUGUUCUAAAAUUAGCUCGAGUCGUGGCGGCAAGGAGUUUGUAAGGCAUUAUCUUAUUCGUAAGCGAUACAGACGAGUUCCGUCUCACAACAAUCCAGAUGAUAUUAUGGACGGUACCAUUCCACUUAAUAGCACAACCGAGAUCAGUUUUCAGGCCUGGCUACAAUCUCAUAAGCAACAAGUUUUGAAACGUACACCCGACAUAUGUUAUGCACUUGGCAUUGAUUUAAAUGAUUUAAACGAUUUGUACGUUGACCUUGUUCUUUACAAUGGGAGAGCCCAGCAGGAAUUUUCAAAGGACAUGAAACGUCUUGAAAUAUUUGACGUGUACACGAAAGUUCCCAAAUCUUCAAUACGACUCGAGAAGAUCGAGAGUUUAUUCAAACACAUUAUCGAUGAUUCGCAGGACAAUCCUCCUCGCACCAUUCUGGUAGUUGGACGACCAGGAAUAGGCAAGUCUGUGUUGGCUGAGAAAAUAAUCCGAGAUUGGGCAAAUGAGAUCGAUCCUAUUUACUCUGGUCGGAUGGUUUUCUUUUUCAAAUUUAGAUGGUUCAAUCAACUUGAGUACAGGCAACUUUCGAUGGAAACAUUUCUUCGUUAUGGAGCAGGACAGAGCGACGAAAGACGCCAGGGAAUCUAUGAAGAGAUUCGAAAUGAUCCUAAGAAAGCCAUCUUCAUUUUUGAUGGUUUGGACGAGUUCGAUGGUGAUCUGAACAACUACUUGGAGGAAGCACGAGCAAUUCCAUACGAGCCUAGCAUGUGUACGUCAGCGAUGAUUUUAUUCAUUAAACUAGUUCGCGAGGGUUUACUUGAUGGGGCGACAAUCCUUGUAACCAGUAGAUCUACAGUCGAUCAUUUUUAUGCGAAACUUAAUUUCAAUCGACAUGUUGAAAUUAUUGGUUUCACUCCGGAGAAUAUCCAAGAAUACGUCGGCAAGUUUUGCGACAACAUUAAGAGGAAAGAUUACGAAGAGAAGAUAUGGAAUCACAUCAAUUCCUCCUCAGACUUAUUAAGUUUGUGCUACAUUCCUGUAAAUUGUUUGAUUGUAUGCCUAACCCUGUCUCAUUGUCUCGAUUCUAAAAAUGACACCGCUUCUCUUCCGACGACACUUACCAAACUUUACGAUACGGCUGUGGGCCAUUUAUCAAAGCACCACGACAGAAAUUUAGACGUUAAAACGCAGAAAAAACUUCAGAAAUUAGCAUUCGAAGGUAUAAAAACCGGGAAGUUAGACUUCAGAAAAGAACGUUUUGACAAGAAAAUGAAAAAGUCAGGCUUGGUGAACAGUUCAUCGAAUCCAUACUUUCCAAACGAAACAAAAUACUCCUUCCUUCACCUAACAAUUCAAGAGUUUCUUGCUGCAAAGCACUUGGUUAAAACACGCACAAUGGAUGAAAUAGGAAGAUUUAUUACAAGGCAUGUUGAAACGCCUAAAUGGCGUCUAGUAUUUCUUUUCAUUGCUGGACUUUUGAGGGAGAGAAUUGAAAUGCCUGGAUGCGGUUACAAUCCUUGCAUCGCGGCUUUUUUAAAUGGCUCCAUUUUAGACGGUGAAUGUGAAAUUGACAUUCAAAAGCAUACCAUAAAUUUGCAGGUAAUGAAAUGUUUAAGAGAAAUUGACGAGGAAAAGAUCGUUGAAGACAUAUGCAAAACCAACUUGAACCAUGUUACAAAAGUCUCGUUCCGUGGCUAUCUCAUUAACACUUUAUCUACAAGCGACGCUGCAGCAGUUUGUUACGUUUGCAAACAUCUGAACAAUUUAAAAGAUCUUACUUUAGAAAACGCAGUUCCCGAUGACAAAAGCUGUUUCGAUGAAAUUGCUCAACUCCUGCAGAACAGAUGUUUACAGAGGCUGGAGUUAGUAGCCGAGACUGAAAACAAGUUGGCAAAGAGACAGUUGACCGAUGCAUUAAUGGGAUCUGAAUGCACAUUAAAUCAUCCUGAACACGCAAAACUUCGAGAGCUCACGCUUAGCAUUGAAUUAGAUGAUGACUGCGCAACUAGUCUAUGUUCAUUCGUUCAAAACGGGUCUCUUCAAAAACUUGAUCUAUCUCGGAAUCAUUUAACUCAAUCGGGAAUGUCUCAACUCAGCAAGGCUCUUCGACGUUGCCCAGAGCUUCAGUACCUGAAUCUAAGUUACAACAAGAUACUUCAUGAAAGUAUGGCCGAGCUUUACGAUGCUGUGAUACGAGCACAGUGCCCACUGAGUUCGUUGAUCCUUGAUCACUGUUCAUUGACGAAGGAUUGCGUAUCGUAUCUGUGCAAAAUUCUCUGUGCCGAACAUUGUAAACUACACGAGCUAUCAUUGGUCGCUAAUGCGAAAGGUAUUUGUGACGAAGGUGUACGAGAGUUGUGUAUUGAUGCUUUGACAAAAAAGCAAUGCAAUCUUACUAGUUUAUCACUGAACGCGUGCAGCGGGAUAACAGAUAAUUGUAUUCCGCUUGUGUGCGAAACUUUGCAGGACAGAAACUGCAAGCUUACUCGUUUGUCACUAGAGUACACCACAAUUACAGAUGAAGGUAAGAAAUUGCUUCGCGCCGUUCAAGACACAGAAUGUUGUAAAGCUCGAGGUUUAGAAAUUGACAUUUUUGAUAGUAAUUACCAUUUGGACGCUGUCAAUGUUCUGUAGAUCAAGUGCGGUAGAUCGAUAGGGAGAAACACUGAACCACACGACACAUUGAGUCAGGUAAUUUCAUCUAACAUUACUGUCUGCACAUGCGCUUAUUCAUAACGUGUGCAGGAACUUGCAGAAUAAGCUCGUCUGCUAUUAACUGGCCAGUGAGCUGGAUAAAAUAUAUCUAGUUCAGUGGAUGCUGUAACGUGUAAACUACAUAAUAUUAUGUAUAGCAAAUUCACGAAUGUCUCACAAUCAUGAAAUAAAUAUUCCCAUUUUUUACUAACUG